AUGACAACACUGGUACCAACUGACAGCACCACGAUGGGAACGGUGCACCGUUCGAACGCACUUGCGAUGACGGAAUUGGCACACCUGGUGCGGCGCUCGCGGCGUAACGGCGUACCACAGGGUGCAGUAGAAAAUCACGGGAAAAACCCGAAUUCGGCCGAUCGCGACCCACGAUGGAUCAGCGAACGGGGACGAACUUAA